AUGAUAAAGGACCUGGACAGGCACCGGACGAAGAGGUCGACGUUCUUCACCACGGGGGUGAAAAUAUGUCCUCAAGAGAAGAUGAAGGAGGUAAUCUCCAACCAUCGUGCCUACUACAAACUUAGAGUUUGUCAGGAAGCGAUAUGGGAGGCCUUCCGUAUCUUCAUGGACAGGGUUCCUAACUCCGAGGAGUACAAACACUGGACCUACGCCUGCCAGCAUGGCUCUCUCUGUCUGGAUGAGGUGGCCAGGAACUUCAGUAGUACCCAGGAACACAUUGACAUGGUGGCCAGAAUAACAGAGAUUCCAAACAUUGUACCAGAUGAGGAGGUUAUUGAGGAGCAGGUAGUGGAGUUCAGUGUCACCAUAGCUGAUCCUGGCUACAGUGAACUUCUUCUGAGAGACCCUGCAGCUCCCCAGUACCAUGACAUCACACGCAAUCUCCACGAUACGAUGGUUCACGUUUUUGACAAACUUCCUGGGUAUAAAGAUCUUCGUGUUUUGGGAUUUCGGUUGGUUGAAUUUAGAUCUGAUGAUGUGUCAGUCCGCUAUGCUGUGGUGUUUGAGACGAAUGGAGAAGACCAUGACACAGAAUCUAGACCCACUCUAGAACCAGGCACAGGGACAGUUGUUUACACAAACGGGCACAGACUGAAGGAUCUGGUUUCCAAGGCCUUGAGCGAAGAGACAUCCCUGCCUGUGGACAUACAAACACUCAGUUUUGAACCUGAGGAACUUAGUGAGAGUUCUCCCUCAGAAGAAGUAGAGUUGCCUCCAGUGGCGGCUACAGAUGAGAUGCUUGAGGUAGAGGCGCCUGCAGUGGAUGUUACAGAGGAGACGACUGAGGUAGAGGAGCCUGCAGUGGAUGUUACAGAGGAGACGACUGAGGUAGAGGAGCCUGCAGUGGAUGUUACAGAGGAGACGAUUAAGCUGGAAGCUACAGAGAGGACGCUUGAUGUAGAGGAGACCGCAGUGGAUGUUACAGAGGAGACCUUUAAAGUAGAGGAGCCUCCAGUGGAUGUUACAGAGGAGACCUUUAAAGUAGAGGAGCCUCCAGUGGAUGUUACAGAGGAGACGAUUGAGGUAGAGGAGCCGGUGGAUAUUACAGAGGAGACGAUUGAGGUAGAGGCUACAGAGGGGACGCUUGAUGUAGAGGAGCCUGCAGUGGAUUCUACAGAGAAGACGAUUGAUAUAGAGGAGACUGUGGAUGCGACAGAGGACUACCUUUGGGUUAAGCCACCAUUUACAACUCUGGCGGCCAUUAUGGAACAGCCUGUCACUAAGGAGAUACUUGGUCUAGAGGAGACUGUGGAUGCGACAGAGGACUACCUUUGGGUUUGGCCACCAGUUACAAGAACGGUUGUUACAGAACAGCCUACCACCGAAAUGAUUACUCUCUUCCCCCCUGAGGAAGAUGCUGAGGAGACCCUCCCAACUGUUGAACCUAAGGAAGAUGAAGGACCCACAACUACUGAGGCGGCUUUAGAGGAGCAACCAGACGGAGACAAUCAAAUGAUCACCACUACAGCAUCUCUACACGUAGAACCUGCAUCCAUCGAAACAUUCACCACUGCUACACAAUCAACAAACAUGCCUUUAUCUGAGGAUGAUGUCAUCCAAGCAGAGCCUGAGGAAGUCCCCUCAGCAAAUAUUCCCCCUGGACCUUCAGAAGGAUGGGACACUCUCCAAAAAGAGGAACCACUUGAGACGGACGUGGAUAUCUCUAAUGACUCAGACAUGCAGAAGGAUGUAGAAAAGGUAGAGGACGGAUUUAAGCAAUUGGAAAUCCUCAACUUCAGGAAUGGUAGUGUUGUGGUGAACAGCAAGAUGAAAGUAGAAAAAGAUGUGCCACAUAACCUGACACAGGCCGUUCACUGUGUGCUAGAAGACUUCUGCAACGCUGCAUCCAAACGACUAGACAUUGAGAUUGACAGUCGCUACCUGGACAUAGAACCUGCUGAUCAAGCAGAUCCCUGCAAGUUCUUGGCCUGCAAUGAGUUCUCCCAAUGUGUGGUAAACAGUUGGACCCAGGAGGCUGAGUGUUUGUGUGACCCUGGCUACAGCACUACGGACGGUCUGCCCUGCCAGAGCAUUUGUAACUUGGAGGAAGAAUACUGCUUCAACGGGGGCCUUUGUGACAUCAUCCAGGGUCAUGGAGCCACCUGCAGGUAG